AUGCCGUUUGAAGAAAUUCAAGGAGAUCUAUUCGUCGACCCAGAUCCGACAGAUGCUUUAGCACAUUGUGUUUCAAAAGAUCUUCGUAUGGGCAAGGGUAUUGCAAAAAUUUUCAAAGAUAAGUUCAAUGGUUUCAACAAACUCAAACAACAAGAUAAAAAAGUUGGAGAAGUCGCAUAUCUUUUUCAUGAUAAACGAUAUAUCUUUUACUUAAUCACCAAACCUACUGCGUGGGAUAAACCGACUCAAGAAGACUUUAAAAAAUCUUUGGCGGAAUUAAGAAGGUUAUGUGAAGAAUUUAAAGUUACCGGGUUGAGUAUUCCUCGUAUUGGAACAGGUUUGGACUGCUUAGAUCUCGAUUUCGUUCGUGAAAGUGUUUGUAAUGCAUUUGAAGGAAGUGAUAUCAAAGUCACCAUGUAUUAUUU